UCAUGGCCAAAUUCAAUAAUUAUAUUACCGCCAAUGAUAGUGAUAAUGAGACUACCGACACCCGUGAAGGUACGACCGGUACGACGAUAUAAUAUAUAACGGUCAACAUACCACCCGACGAUAGCUCAGUACAGGAAGAUCUAAUAGAUGGUGAUCAUUUUUGUUUGCGCCACAAGAUGGCGUCUUGUCAACUUGAAAAAUCCCGCGAAAAAUCUAUGUCAAGUUAUUGUAUGUCAUUGUUUUCUAAAAAAACAUUUUUUAGCAUUUCUUUCUCCCACGAUAUCUCACGAACGAAUUGACCGAUUUUGAUGGUUGUGGUGGCAUUCGACGCGGCUUAUAAAGUUUUAGAGCUGAUUAGAUUUUGGAAUCAAUCCAUCGAGCAAAUUAAAAGUUAUCCGAAUAAAACAUUUUUGAAAUAUCUCCGAACGCACCCAACCGAUUAAGCUCAAAUUUUUAGACCUUCAAGAUAUUAACAAGCCUCGUCGAAUGACACCUCAAAGAUCAAAAUUGGUUCAUCCAUUCAAGAGUUAUGAAUAUUUACAUACAUACGUACGGACGUACACACCUAUAUACACUCGGACAUCAUCGUGAAAUUAGUCAGGGUAGCUUCCUAAAACCUCAAAACGUCAAAAUCUGAUAGAAAUUCGGUUUUUGCAAAUCGGACCGAAACCAAUAACUUCCUGAAUUUUUGAAAAUUUUAAAUUUUCUUAGCGGGAAGUUAAAAAAAUGAUUACAGUUGAUAAACAUUAAUAUGUUAAUAAUAAAUAAAAUACAAAACAGCUAGAGUCAUAAUAUUAUCAGUAUUACGAUAAAAUCAAAUGAUUGAUUCAAUAAAACGAUGAAAAUUUUUUUCAAAGAUAAGAUGCGCAGCUCAUAUUUAAGCUUUUAGUAUCUGUCGUAUCAAUAAUAUCUCUUUGCAGUUUAUCCUCAACGAUUGCUGCGAAACAAUCUAGUUUUUUAAUUAAACAAGUCAAUUUAUUUUUUUUUUAUUUUUGUAAUUUAAUUAUUAAUAAUUAUGCAGCGGGUAACGGAAGAACUCGAUUCUGAAGAAAGUAUUGGAACUGAAAACGAUUCUAAUGAGAAACUUAAAUAUCCAAAGUCCGUAUUCUUUAUUGUCAGUAAUGAAUUCUGUGAACGAUUUUCUUACUAUGGAAUGCGAACAAUACUGUCAUUGUACCUGAGUUCAAAGUUAGAGUACAGUGAUGACACGGCUACAGUUAUUUAUCAUACUUUCACAAUGUUUGUGUACUUUUUCCCGUUAAUUGGUGCAAUUAUCGCAGACUCAUUACUCGGCAAGUUCAGGACCAUUCUGUAUUUAAGUAUCGUUUAUGCAAUUGGACAACUUUUACUAUCGGCAAGUGCCGCGCCGACAUUCGGGCUGCCUAUCAGAGAGUUUUCAAUCCUGGGUUUGCUUCUGAUUGCGCUGGGGUCCGGUGGAAUAAAACCAUGCGUCGCGGCUUUUGGUGGGGACCAAUUUAUUCUCCCCCAGCAGGAAAAAUAUUUGGGAAUGUUUUUCUCUGUUUUUUACUUUGCUAUUAAUUUGGGAUCGUUGAUCUCGACGUUUGCUACUCCAGAACUGCGUCAUGGCGUUAAAUGUUUUGGUGACCAAACUUGUUACUCUGUUGCAUUUCUUGUUCCGGCCAUUUUGAUGAUUUCAUCAAUCGUUAUUUUUGUACUUGGAAAACCGAUGUACAGAAUGAAGAAACCUGAAGGAAAUGUUAUUUUGAAUGUCACCAAAUGUAUUUAUCAUGCGAUUCAUAAAAAAAUGAACGAGAGAAAAAUAACUCGUGAUCACUGGCUAGAUCACGCGGAUGAUAAAUACGACGCAAAGUUGAUAUCUGACAUAAAGUCAACGCUUAAAGUUCUCAAACUUUUUAUUCCAUUGCCAUUUUUUUGGGCACUAUACGACCAACAGGGAUCGCGGUGGACAUUCCAGGCGACGAGGAUGGAUGGCCAGAUCGGGAGUUUCGUUCUAAAAGCCGACCAAAUGCAAGUUGUCAAUCCACUAUUCAUCGUUAUAUUCAUUCCCAUUUUUGAGACUUGUAUUUAUCCUUUAAUGGCUAAAAUUAAAUUUAUAAAUACGCCAUUAAAGAAAAUGGUCACCGGUGGGUUUCUCGCCGGUCUCGCGUUUAUUGUUUCCGGUAUCGUGGAACUGCAACUCGAGAAAACAUAUCCAGUAUUACCGUCCAGCGGAUUGGCGCAAUUGAGGCUGUUCAAUCCAAACAAUUGUGAUAUAGGAAUUAAAUUAAAUAAUAAUCAAUCUUUCGAUAUAUCGCCAUUUGCAAUGUGGCAAGACACAAAUAUAAAUACAAUUGGUGAUAAAUCAAUCGAAUACGAGGCAAAUUUUUCAAAAUGUGGUUUUGAAAAAUUAAAUCGCGGAUUAUUAAAUCUGACUGAAAAGAAAGCGAUGUCCUACGCUUUGAUACCUGAUUCUAGUCCAUAUGAAUAUCAAGACCAUGUAAAUAAAACAGAAAUUGGAAAUCCAGCAGUACGGGUACUUACAUACAAUACUCUGGAUACUCCAGCAAUUGUACAAAUAAUAAAUAGUAAAGAUAAAAUUCUUUAUAAAUCAGUAGUGACUGGCAAAGUCGAGCACUCGCUCUUCGUUCCUCUUGAUACAGGAAAUUACAGAGUCGAAGUGAACGGAGUCAGCAACGAAAUAGUAUUACAUAUGGGCGGCGUUUAUACCGUCCAGGCAUACGCGUCUAAAGAAUUAACUACAGCUAAAAUAGUGACAGUAACUCAGCCGAAUUCAAUGCAUAUCCUCUGGUUGAUUCCUCAAUACGUGAUCAUCACCAUAGGCGAAGUGAUGCUUGCAAUUACAGGAUUCGAGUUUGCGUUUACUCAGGCUCCCAUCAGCAUGAAAUCUUUAGUGCAAGCCGGUUGGUUGUUUACUGCUGCCUUGGGUAAUUUCAUUGUCGUGAUAGUUACUGAAGCAAAAAUCUUCGAUAGACAGGCAAAUGAAUUUUUCCUUUUCGCUGGACUUAUGAUUGUCGACAUGAUGAUAUUUUCAGUCAUGGCCAAAUUCUAUAGAUACAUUGUCGUCAAUGAUAGUGAUGAUAAGAUCACUGAUAAGAGUAACGGUACGACACUCAAAGACUAUGGAGAAAAUAAUUUGUCUUUCACAAAAAAUGAUGAAUAAAUUUAUUUUGUAUUAUUUUUUAAGCUGUAUUAUUAUCCAAGAUUAAGAAUGUCGUUUACUUGUUGAUUUAUAAGUUAAUUGCCUGUAAGUUUUCAAGUAAUUGUAUAUAGGUACUUAUGAAUGACGUCGAC